GGGACUGUUGUAGCAACAGAUCUCUAAGCGCCGCUUGACUCCUUAUGAGAAAAGCAGUUGAAAUUCAUGGCUGGUUCCUCAGGUGCUCUGAUUUGGCUGCAGAAGGUGCGACUCAGCGUUGAGAAGUCACAGGAAUGGGAAGAUUUCAUUCUGGCGCUGUCCGACGCUGUCCAGCAGCAGAUGGUUGAGAGCCACAUCAAUGCCUUGCAGGACCUCUCAGAGGCAGCGAAAGGUUUUGUCCUGGAGAAAGCAGUCAGCGCCAUCCAAGGAGGUGAUGCUUAUAAGGCCCUGAUGUCGCAGGUUAGUGGCUGCUUAGAGGAACAGAUUUAUUGCCAGAUCGCCCAGGAGAUUCAGGAUGGAGACCGGCGGGUGAAAAAUAAGCCAGCCCUGCUGCUGAAUCACCUCAAGGAUGGAGUGGUGACCUUGCUGGAGGAACGGCCAGAGCUGCGAGGGAGGCUUUGUUCUCUUUUUAACCAGCCCUUACCUGCCGAUUUGCGUCAUCUCACCUGGAAGAUUUACCUCUCUAACACGAAAGCAAGGUUAGGCUAUCUCUCCCAUUUGGCAGCAAACAGAGCUACUUCCUGGAAGGACAGAGAGAUCUCUCUGAGGUGCCAAGCCCUGCUGGAUUCUGAGCUGACGUUCCGGUCCUUAAAAAACCACAAGGUUGCCGCACAGUGCCUGCGGAAUGUGCUUUCUUAUUACCACAAGCUUCAGGGCACCUCCACACCUCUGCGAGACCAAGAUUAUUUCCUGCCCGUGCCUCUCUUGCAAGUUAUUCUGGAUUUGGGUUCUUCCACCAGCUCUGUGGAGUCUGUUUCUGCCCUCCUGGUUGAAGAAUUUAUGUCUCUCAAGAAGCUCCAUCCUCAACUUGUUAGACUCUCCAUCUCCGUCCAGGAUCCUUCCCGGGUCAGCAUAGUGGAAGAAGUUGCCUCCCUGCUGGAGCAGAGAGACAGAGAUCUGGCAAGGUUCCUGGAGAGCGUUUAUGCACAACCAGGGGAAGACUCCAGAGACGCCUUACUCAAGGGACUGAGCCGCAUGAUCCAGCCGGCUAUUGACACUCUGCUUGCUGGCUACUUAAACAUGGAUACUCUGUUGUACAUCUGGGACCAGAUUAUCCUGGGACUGGAGCGGCCGUCAUACAACUGUCUCCCUGUGUUCACCACCAUUUUUGUCCUGCUGCUCCAUGGCCGGCUACUCACGUGUCAAUCCCCAGUGGAAUUGGAAGCAACACUGAAAACCUGGGGACCGUCUCUGCUUGUGCAAGAGUUCCAAGACAUGAUGGAGAAACACUUCUUUGAAGAUUUGUACAGCCAGUUGCUGGGAGGAAACAAGGAACCCACCCCGAUCCAUGACCCUACCCAAACUUUUCCUCCGUGGCGCUACAGAGAUUUCCAAGCUGUACCACCUCCAAGGACAAGGCCAGAAGACAGGAGGCAAACAAGAGAGGAGCGCCAGUUGCUGGAAGAGCAACGCCUUGAGAGGACGCAACAGGAAGAGAGACUUCAAAGGUUCAGAGCGGAAGAGCAGAAGAGGCUACAAGAGAUGAGAUUCCUGCAGCUUUUAGAGGAGAAUAAGAGAAAAUUUGAAAUGCAGAAGGUCCAUUUGGAAGAUCAGCUGUCUCAGGAGAGACAGGUCCGCUACGAAAUGCAAAUGAAGGCAGAGGAACAGAUAAGCAGGCUGCAGGCUGAAAUGCAGAGACUUGCUGUGGACAGGAAGAUGCCUUCACCUGACACCUAUUCCGCUGGAAGUCUCCUCGCCCCUGCACCUUCCCUGCAGUCCCAGACGCCAUCUCAGACUUCCCUGCCUCAUUUUUGCUUGUCAGACACAGUUGCUGCACAUCAGAAACACAAAACCGCCGAUGGAGACACCAUUGCCUUCAAACUGCUGAAGCACAUGAUGGAGGCAGCCAGCUCAAUUGUUAACGGUUCGAGCACCGAGGAAAGGGAACGCUUGGAUGUAGCCACAAGGGAGCAUAUUCGGGACUACAAUGAAGAUGAGAAGAAUGCAAAGAUUGAGAUGUUUGGUUAUGAAAUCAGUGAAGAUGAAAUAAACAACAUCCCAGAAGCCAGAAGGAAAGACGUGAGAAAGAAACUAGAGCAGGCACUCCGACGAGGGGCAGAAGCUCGUUACAUGGCAGCCAGAGGAAGGGGUUUACCAGCAUUUAUUACCCACAUGGAUGUGUUGUGAUUGGUGUGCCCUUGUUACACAAGCAGAGCCUUUGGAAUCCAUAAACCUGGUUAGUAAUCUGCUA